AGCGCAGCAGCGGCUCGUUGCGGCUGAGCCUAUGGGAUUUCAGGGAAAAGGGGCUUGUGUCACGUGAUUGGCCGGCGGGGAGUCUCUGAGCUGCGGUGGGGAAUGGAGGCGGAAGAGGAGCUGUCCCUGCGGGGGCUGGAGAAGCUGCCCGCAGAGCUCGGGCCCAAGCUCCUUCACAAAGUAAUUGAUGGUGUUUGUGGCCGUGCUUAUCCUCAGUUUAAGGAUUAUGACAACAUUUGGGAUUCAACAGAAUGGACUAAUGUCCUGGAAGAUAUUUCCAAGUUUUUCAAAACUGUCAUUGGUAAAAAUAAAGAUUUUGAAAAGGUGAUUGAGCAGUUGAAUCACUUAAGCUCGGAUCAUCAGAAUACAAUCAUGAAGUGUUUGAAAAGUCGAAAAGAUGAAAUUAGGAAAGCUCUCUUAGGAGAAAUAAUUGCCAUUUCCUCUGCCCAGUUACAGGAUUUUGAUUGGCAGUUAAAGCUUGCUCUCUCUAGUGAUAAGAUUGCCACAUUGCAAGUGCCACUUCUGAACCUUGAUCUAGAUGUAAAGGAAAAUGGUGACGUUAAACAAUAUUCUGUUGAAAUGAAUAAAGAAGAACUUCAGAAUUUAAUAAAUUCGUUGGAAGCAGCUAAUAAGGUCAUCUUGCAGUUGAAGUGACUGGAGAGGACGGAUAUCAGAAUCAUCAGCCUCUUACUGCUACAACUGAGGUGGCAGCAAGAAUAGCUUAUGCUCAGAGACUCAAGAGAUACACUGAAGUAUGCUGAUCUGAGCAGGCAGCAGUGAUCUGAGAUUAGGAAGAUGAAAGGAAAAGCUACUAUGGUUGGUGUGAAAAGUGUAAAAAAAAAGUAAAUAUGAAAAAUUACAUAGCAUUUUAUAUUUUUAAAGACUUGUUUUAUCUAUCAUUUUGUAGAGAAAUGUUUAGAAAUACACCUGUUUAGAAAAAUACCCUAUUGUGUGUACUAAAUACAUCAAGUUAAUAUUCUAAGCACAAAUAUGUCCCAUUUAAAAAAAAAAUACUAGUGUCCUAAGUGAUGGAUUAAUAAUUUCAAAUGUGUUUAAAAUCUAAUUUUAAAACAAUGCAAUAUUCCUUGUGUAUGUUUAUAUCUAUGUAUGUGUACACAUAUGUGCAUACACAUGUAUAUGCACACAUGUACAUGGAUAUACAUAUAUACAAUUUAUAAAUUGUUUUUAAAAUAUUUCAAAAAUAAAUCUAUAAUAAGUCAUCUAGCACUUAUGGCUCUAUAUUAUUUAAAUCCAUAUACACAUGUGUGCACAUUUUUAUAGAUCCCAGAGAUACAAAGGAACCUUAACUGAUCAAGAUGCUCCUAUACAAUAUAUUUGACAAGGGAAUAUCCAGCUUUUGUUUGAAGACCUUUAGUGAGGGGGAUUCCUUGAGCCCUGAGACACUUCAUUCCUCAUUGGAUUGCCCUAAUUGUUCAGAAACCCUAAUCAUUGACUUGAAAUCUGCUUUUAUGACAUCCACCAUUAACUCCUAAUUUCCUACUCUAGUAAAGCACAAUAAAAACUGGACACUUUAAAGUUUAUUAGUUUCCUUCAGAAAUUGUAGAGCCCAGAACUGAACAUGGUAUUCCAGACAUGGCCUGAGAAAUCUUGAAUUACUGUGGCACAAUCACCUUUCCCUCUCUGCUUCUUAGUGCCACAUAGGAGGAUCACGUUAGCUUUUUGGCUGUCAUAUCCCACUUGAUUUGUAUAGAACUUGCUUCAGCCUCCAGAUUUUUUUCAGACUAGUUGCUCUCUAGCCAUAGUUCCCCCAUGUUGUAUUUGUGAAGAUGAGUUUUUGAACCUAAGUUUAAGACUUAGUAUUUAGGGGCAGCUAGGUGGCGCAAUGGAUAAGGCACUAGCCUUGGAUUCAGGAGGACCUGAGUUCAAACCCAGCCUCAGACACUUACUAGCUGUGUGACCCUGGGCAAGUCACUUAAACCCCAUUGCCCUGCAAAAAAAAAAAAAAAGACUUAGUAUUUAACCAUAUUAAAUUUCAUCUAAUUAAAUUCAACCUUAUGGUCUAAGCCCACCAGGAUCUGGAUUACUAACGUUAUCAUCAAACACACCAGCCAUCUCCCCUGGCUUUCUGUUAAAUCAACUGCCUGGAUAUGCAUGUAUUUCUCUGCUUAUUGUACUUGACUCAUUUUCACAUAUUCUAUAUUCUAGCCAAAUCAGCCUCCUUGCUGUUCUCAUACAUUUCACUUCCUGUCUCCCUGCCUUUGCAUAGGCAGUCCUUCAUGCCAGAGAUGGAUCCCCUCCUCCCAGCUGCCUCUCACCUAAUCUCUUUUUUCUUCUAAAUUCAUGUCAGAUAUCUUCUACACGAGGCCUUUUCCGAUACCCUUAGCUGCUGAUGCCCAGUGCUGUAUAUACUCAUAUGUAUACAUCUUUAUUCCUUAACAGAAGAAUGUAAGUUCCUAAAAGGCAGGGGCUGUUUUAGUUUUGUUUUUGUAUCUCCAUUGUCUAGUAUGUUGCCUGGCAAACUCAUAGUUGCUUAAAAGUAAUCCUAGCAUUUAUAUUUUAUCUUCUAUGUGCCAGGCACUAUGGUAAAAGCACUUUACAAAUAUUAGCUCAUUUGAUCCUUACAACAACCCCACAAGGCAGCUGUUAUAGUCAUCUCCGUUUUACAGUUGGGGAAACUGAAGCAGACGGGUUAAGGGACUUGCCUAUGCUCAUGUAGCUAGUAAGUGUUGGAGGCAGGAUUUGAAUGCAGGUUUGUGGAUAGAGACCUAGAAGGGACCUUAGAGGCCCAAUAGACUUACCCCUUUCAUGUUUUAUAUGAAUCAUUUGAUAGAUUCUCAGAUGAGGAGGUGAGUUGCUCCAAGUCAUGGUGAUAUGUAGGUGACUCUAGUGCACUUCCCACUGCACCACAUUGCAUUUUUCUACAUACAGAAAAGCCCACAUAUAUGCCAAAUGAAACCAAAUAGGAAUUCUAUUGGGAAAGUUCAUUAAACUCAAAAGAAGAAAAUAUUUAAGGUCUCUUUUUGGUGCGAAACAUCUGGGGUUUGGCAGCUCUGGAAUCUUAAAAUCCCCUGAUACAAUCCUGGAACAAAUUCUAGGCCGUGCUGCUGCUUUCUCAGCCCUGUUUUAAGGUAGGUGGUAGGACAUAGUGGAAAGAAUAUAAGACAUGGAAUCUUGGGACCUGGGUCCAACCUUCCACAAUGCUGACUUUUCUCUGGGGAACCUUGGUCAGUCUAUUUCCCAUGUCUGAGCUUCCUGUAUGCUCAAUGGUAAAAUGAGGGGUUGGAACUAGCUGACCUCUGUAGGCCCUCGUUGUUGUAGAUGUAUGAUCUCAGGUACAAGCCGGCCAUAAGAAGAAAAGGAUUCAGUAUCUUGACUGUUUGGACAACAGGCAUGAUACUGUAAAUAAUUUUUGGUAAGGUGACGAUGUGCUUUGUCAAUUUUCAGGUUUCAGCAAACAAUUUUGGAUAAGGAUCGUGUUGUAGAAAAAUCACUUGAUACCAGUUGUAAUCUCUUACAAACAACAUACUAAACAAGAAUGUCAUAUUUUAUAUUUGUUUAGCUUAUCAGUUUAUUUACAAAGUGCUUACCUAUUCAGCACCAUACCAUGUUGCCUUCAACAAUGUUAUAUUAAAUUUGUAUAAUGCUUCAUGAUUUAAAAAAUCUUUUUUAUAAACAUCUCAUUUGGUCCUUAUGAUGGCUUUGUGAUAAAGGCAUGGCAAUUAUUAUCCCAGUUCUACAGAUAAGGAAUGGUCACAUGAUUAGAACUCUGAUCAGUCCAGUGUUCUAGGUUAGGACAGAUUGUACUCCAAAUAAUGUUUUGUAAAUUAUAUGGAACUCAGUACAUUUUCCUGUUGAGGAGAUGUUAGAUUCCUAGGCCAGGCUCCCUAAAUCUAUUUUCAUCCAUAAUGUAAUUUAACUAUAAUAUUAAUGGUACUCUCUUGAGUUCUGCUCCUGAGAGAACUGGGUCAUUUAGUGUAGGAGUGAGGGUGGGAAAACAUAGCUUCCUUUUCUUUUCCUAUUCGAAGACUGGCCUCAUCAGUCCUUUUUCACAUUCCUUUUCACUGGCCUCCCACUUCUUUGUGCCCCUCUCCUCAGGGCAUCUUAGCUUCACUGAGCCCCAUAGUGCAGACCAUUUUCUCUGAGAGCCCAGGAUAUGUGUGAGAUGUCAUCUCACCUCAUGGAAUAAUAGGUUUUAGAGCUGGAAAUGACCUUAGAGCUCAUCUAGUUCAGACCCCUCAUUUUAUAAAGAAAAUGACUUCCAUGAAGAUGAAGUGACGUACUAAAACUAAUAGCAGAGUAUAGCAGGAAGAAUGCAUGCUGUGGGGUCAGGUUCAAACCCCAUCUCUGACACUAUAGUUCAGCCACCAGCAACCGAAUUUCAGUUUCCUCAUUUGUGUGAAGAAAAACAACUUGAAAGCCGUGAUCAAAGCAGUGGAUGGAUGAUACAUCAAAAGACUGCUGAUGAACCCUACUUCCCACCUCUUGACAGAGGGUUAAUGGACUCAAGAUGGAAAAACAGAUCUACAUUCUCAGAUCUGGCCAAUGUGUUGAUUCAUUUUGCUAGACAGGACAUAAUCAUUUGUUAUGAAGGAAGGUGAAGAUGGCAUGUUAUUGGGUGGUGAUAUAUCUGGAAAAAAAAGAAAAACCUAUAGGAUUGUAGGUCUAAUGCUCAAAGGGACCUCAGAGGCCAUCUAGUUUCCAUUCUUUCUCUCCAACAUCAUCUUACAAGAUAAGGAAACGCUUCCUAGCUCAGGGUGAUCCAGGAACCCAAGUCUUUCAACUCCUGAACCACUGGCUUUGAAUUUCAUUGCUUCUUUUAUUCCUUUAACAGUAAAUAAAACAAAGGGCAUAAGAGGAUGCUACUUUUGUUGGCUACCCUAUUUAAUAUAGAAUAAUUCUUAAAAAAACAACACACAACAAAUCUUCAUAAGAGACUUAUAUUUUAUAUCAGAGGCAACUGAGUGGUGUGGUACAUGGAGUUCUGGCCCCAUAGUCUGGUGUGAUCCAGCUUCAGGUACCAGCUGUGUGACUCUGGGCGAGUCAAUUUUGAUCUCUGCCUUAUUCCUCAACUAUAAAAAAGGAAUAAUGAUGCCACCUACCUUUCAGGGUUGUUGUGAGGAUUAUAUGGGAUAUUUAUAAAGUUCUUAGCACUUAAAUUUUUGUUUCAUUCCUUCCAUCUUAUGUUGCCCUCUUGUCCUUUUGUAUAUUGAAAUGUUUAUUGAUUGUGUUUACAAUAAUUGUUUUAAAGAGACUUGAUGGAAAAACAAAACAGAACAGUAAAAUGAGGAAAUGAAAACCUAGCCUCAUGGAGUUACUACUGUAACAAAGAGAUAAUGUAAACACUUUAUGACUAUUUCCUUCACUGAUUGGGAUCUCCGGCCCACUAAGAUUUAGUAGAUUUUCUUAAAGGGUUGCUAUGUUGGCUGGCCCUGAGAUGAUGGACAGACUGUUGCUACGUUUACAUUGGAAGUUUUCCCAGCAUGGAUGGACUUUUUAGGAUUCAUACUCCCCCAGCAAAGCCAUUGAAAAUUUCACACUGUUAUGAAGCACUGGAAAAGGACUGAAUUGUAAUCACUUAAAAUUUAAAUAAACAUUUUGUUUUCAUUGACAGAUUGAUAGCCUCAGAUUUCUGCUGAAUAUACUGUUCUCUUACUUUCUUUGCUUUUAGCCAGCUUUAACACCUCCCUGAGCAGGGAGUCUUUAAAAUCGUGAUACCUUUCUCUAAUGCUGUCCUAAUUUUCUCAGCUCUUUCUGAGGCUAUGAGGCCAGUGCCAAAGUAGUUAUUUUCUUCCUCUCCUCCCAGCCCCCAAAUAUAACAGGUACACUGUCUUCCAAAAUGUGGCAAAUUCCAUAUUCUUUUAAGAAAAUUCUAAAUGAGUUAGACAAAAAAAAAAACCCUCUGAAUUCUGUUAUAAACUAAGCAAGGCAAAUGGAAUAGGAAGGGAAUAGAUGGUGGUUGGGUAGGACUAGGUGAGGAAGAGGGUGAAAAGUGGGUAUUUGAGUAAGGAGAAAAAGAUAUUAAUAGGAGAGAAAAAGGAAAGAACACAUGGGCCCAUGGCACUAGACACCCAGAAGUGAGCGCCACAUGGAAAGAAAAGUUGGAUAAUUUCACUGUCCUGCAUCCCCUUAGCAUUUCUGUAUCUCUUGGUAGUAAUGUUGAACUUAAUGAUACGUGGUUUUGAAUUUUCUGUCCAUGGGCAAAUUUCAACAUGGUUGUCUUCUUCUUUAGAGCAGGAACUGUUUCUGAUAUGCACCAUGAUUGCUUCCUCUGUUCUGUACAUAAUGGCAUAAUCUUUGGGGUAAAUGUUCCAUGCUGAAUAAAUUAAUGAAAUAAUUACUUUUAUAUUA